AGAAGAGCCAGAAGAUGGACAAGAACCAGCAGCAUCAUCUAGUCGGAGGACGACGGCUGCAGAAGCGUCAUCUGGCCUUGAGGAAGAGCUUCGCGGGUCUUCCAGUGGCCCCAGCUACACCCCCGCCGGCACCGUACCGUCCCGCCUACCUGCCGCCGGCCACAACGCCGGCCCGUCCCCGGGACUACAGGCUGAAACUGGACCAACAAUCAUCGAAUCUGCGUGCGGGAGAGUCCACCGAAGUGGAGUGCUACUCCUCGGACAACAGCUACACGGAUGUGGUGUGGGAGCGGGCCGACAGCCAGCCCCUCAGCCCCAAUGUUCAGCAAGUCGGCAACCGCCUGGUGAUUAGUGAUGUGACUGCCGCCGAUGCUGGUCAGUAUGUGUGCAAGUGCCGCACGGAUGAGGGCGAUCUGUACACGACCAGCUACGAGCUGACCAUCGAACAGCAGCCCCACGAGCUCAAGCGCUCCAAGAUUGUCCACGCGAAGGUGGGCGCCGAUGCCAAGCUCCAGUGCGGAGCGGAUGCCAGCCGCCAGCCCAGCUACCGCUGGUCCCGCCAGUACGGACAGCUGCAGCCAGGACGAUCGCUGCUAGGAGAACAUCUUGCGCUAGAGGAUCUGCAGGCCAACGAUGCUGGCACCUACAUUUGCACGGCCGUGUACGUGGAUGGCGAGUCCGUGGACUAUCCCAGCAUUCUGGUGGUCACCGGUGCCAUACCGCACUUCCAUCAGGCACCGCGCAGCUACAUGAGCUUCCCCACGAUGCCCAACUCCUCGUUUAAGCUCAACUUUGAGAUCACCUUCCGGCCGGAGGGCGACGACGGACUGCUGCUGUUCAACGGACAGACGCGCGGCACCGGCGACUACAUAGCCCUCUCGCUGAAGGACCGCUACCCGGAGUUCCGCUUCGAUUUCGGCGGCAAGCCGAUGAUCAUUCGAGCGGAGGAGCCGCUGCAGCUGAACGAGUGGCACACGGUGCGCGUGCACCGCUCCAGGCAGGACGGUUACAUGCAGGUGGACGAACAGCACCCAGUGGCCUUCCCCACACUGUCGCAGGUGCCGCCGCUGGAUCUCAUCGAGGACCUGUACAUCGGUGGCAUGCACAGCUGGGAUCUGCUGCCCGCGGAUGCGGUGCCCCAGCAGACGGGCUUCGUCGGCUGCAUCAGCCGCCUGACCCUCCAGGGCCGCACCGUCGAGCUGAUGCGCGAGGCCAAGUUCAAGGAGGGCAUCACCAGCUGCCAGCCCUGUGCCCAGAGCCCCUGCGCCAAUGGCGGCAUCUGUCUGGAGAGCCAGACGGAGGUGGCCUACUCCUGUGUCUGCCAGCAGGGCUGGACCGGCCGCAACUGCGCCGUUGCCGGCACCCAGUGCACCCCGGGCGUCUGCGGAGCCGGACGCUGCGAGAACACCGAACUGGACAUGAACUGCCUGUGCCCCCUGAAUCGCACCGGCGACAGAUGCCAGUACAUCGAGCACCUCAACGAGCAGAGUCUCAACUUUAAGCGGAACAGCUAUGCGGCUUACGGAACCCCCCGUGUCCUGCGUGUGAACAUCACCUUGUCCGUGCGCCCCUCGAGCCUGCGCGACUCUGUGCUCCUCUAUGCGGCAGAGUCGAAGCUGCCCAGCGGCGACUAUCUGGCACUGGUGCUGCGCGAUGGCCAUGUGGAGCUGCUGAUCAAUACGGCGGCACGACUGCGUCCAGUCGUUGUGCGCUCGGCCGAGCCCCUGCCCCUGCACCGCUGGACGCGCAUUGAGGUGCUGCGUCGCCAGGGCGAGAGCAUAUUGCGGCUGGGCGAGGGCCAGGAGCAGCGGGCCAAAGCCUCGGGAACGGCGCGCACCUUGUCGCUGAAGACGCCCCUGUUUGUGGGCGGUUACGAUCGGGCCUCGGUGAAGAUCAACCGAGACGUGAACAUCACGGAGGGCUUCGAUGGAUGCAUUUCGGGACUAUACGACGCACGGCGGUCCAUUCAGCUGCUGGCGGACAUCAAGGAUGCGGCCAAUAUCCAGAAUUGCGGCGAACUAAAUGAGAUCGGUGGCGGCGAUGGGGACGGUGAGGCUGAGGCCGAUAGCGAGGUGCCAGUGGCCCCCGCUGUGGUGCCAUCGAGUGCCACAGUGUCAGAGGACAACAGCGAGCAGGAGGAGCAACUGCAGCCCUACAACAUGGCGCCGUGUGCCAGCGAUCCCUGCGAGAACGGUGGCAGCUGCAGCGAAGUGAACAACCAGGCGGUCUGCUCCUGCCUCUUGGGCUACAGCGGCAAGCAUUGCCAGGAGCACAUCCAAGUGGGCUUCAAUGCCUCGUUCCGCGGUCAUGGCUACCUGGAGAUCAAUCGCAAUCAAUUCGAUGCCGCCGUGGAGCAGCUGUUCACCUCCGCCGCCUUGGUCUUCUCCACCAGCAAACCGAACGGGCUGCUGCUCUGGUGGGGACAGGUGGCCGGCGAGGAGUUUGUGGGCCAGGACUUUAUCGCCCUGGCCGUCGUCGAUGGCUAUGUGGAGUACUCGCUACGCUUGAACGGCGAGGAGACGGUGAUCAAGAACAGUGACAACCGCGUGGACGAUGGCCAGCGGCAUAUUGUGCUUGUGAAGCGAGUGGACAACACGGCCAUUCUCGAGGUCGAUCGCAUCUCGCAUUCGGGUGAGACGCGACCCACCGGCAAGAAGGAGAUGAAGCUGCCGGGCAAUGUGUUCAUAGGUGGCAUUCCGGACAUUUCUCAAUUCACGGGCGGCCGUCACACGCACAACUUUGUCGGCUGCAUCGUGGUGGUUGAAGGCGACGCCGUUGGCCAGAUCAAUCUGGGCCAAGCCGCCGUCAAUGCCGUCAAUGUGGACACCUGUCCAGUUAACGAUGAGUCCCUGGGAGGCACCGAACCGCCAGUUGUCUAAGGGAUUCGACGCCCUCACACACA